UCUCACGUCGCAGGAGAGAGGCUGCCCAGGCCAGAUAAAGGCAAGAUGCGCUUCCACAAGAUUGCCAAUGUCAACAAGGCCCUGGACUUCAUCGCCAGCAAAGGGGUCAAGCUUGUGUCCAUCGGGGCUGAAGAGAUCGUGGAUGGGAACCUAAAGAUGACCUUGGGAAUGAUCUGGACCAUCAUCCUUCGAUUUGCCAUCCAGGACAUCUCUGUGGAAGAGACCUCAGCCAAAGAAGGUUUGCUCCUGUGGUGUCAACGGAAGACGGCGCCCUAUCGGAACGUGAACGUGCAGAACUUCCAUACCAGGUCACUGCUGGGGACAGAGUGA